GCCUCCAUCCAUGCCUGCGUUGAUUUCCAGAUCGUAACACUGCUGUGGAUUACAGUACAAGUUAGAUGUCCACCUGCACGGAGUUGUUUCGGACACUGGUCAAAACAAUGAGGUGACCGAUAGAUGAGCAUGGGUGCAAUAUGGACGAAGAUUUUCAGAAAUAAGGAAGUUCGGGUCCUGCUUCUGGGUUUGGAUUCCGUGGGGAAGACAACACUGCUGUACCGACUCAAACUUGGGGAAUUUAACCUUGUCAUACCUACUAUAGGAUUCAAUGUUGAAAGCAUUCAAUACAAAGAUAUAAACUUCACUGCCUGGGAUAUAGGCAGUCGAGACAAAAUGAGGCCACUGUUCCGCCAUUACUACAAGGGAACGGAGGCCGUCGUCAUAGUGAUUGACAGUCAUGACAAGGAACGACUGGAUGAACUGAACCAUGACGUCAUCAAACCAGCACUUCAGGCAGAGGAACUUUCCAGUGCAUGUUUUCUCUUCCUGGCCAACAAGUGCGACAUUGAGCCACACAUGACGUCCGAGGAAAUUCAAGAUCGUCUCGGACUACGACAGCUCAAACAUGCCUGGAAUCUUUUCCACGUAAGUGCCUUAAGAGGGGACGGAUUGACUGAGGCUUUAGACUGGUUGGCAUUUCAACUUGGAUCCGAAGAAAUCCGGAGAAGUGUCACUCCAGAUAGUGAGGACAAAGUGGACAGAACCUUGAAUGAUCUCCCAUAUUGUAGUCGGGCUUACACCGCUAUUAAAUGUUUCUUUUUUAGGCCGAGUCGACAAGACAAAGUGGAGGAUGGACGAUGAAGUGUCUACAAUGAUUUCCCUUGCUUCAUUCGUAAAUCCGUUUUAUAUGCCAUAAAAGUGACCAUGUGACAUCAAAGAGGAUUGUGAUUGGUGGAUGAAUUUGGAAGUGAAUUUUGAUGUAACUUCUAAAGUUAUAUAAAUAUGAUUGAUAAACAUGAUGUUUUCAUUGUCAGCAAUGGUGAUGCUCGUUUUACAGAUAAAAAUAGUAUAUUUUACACCAACUAUUAUUGAGGGGAGAUAACUCUGUUUUAUGUAAAUGUUGGCGAGAGAAUAUUUCUGAUUUUCAUCGGUUGUUUACAUUGAUAUGUAUUUCAUUAAUAUAGAUCAUUUCAUUUU